UGGCCACCGUUUUCCGUGGCGUCGGGACUCGACGAUUUACAAAAGGCAAUCUUGCACGGUAGAACACUUGUGCACCAAAAAACGCAUAUCGUACCCUCUGCAAUCUAAUAUCUCAAUACUAAUAGCUAAGGACCCGUUCUGGGGAUUUAAGGUACUGUUGUGGAAGUCAAGCGGGGCUUUUAAGUGGUGAUAAAAAUGGACGUGAACGCUGCCGUUCCGAGGACGAACGAAACCGAAGGGCUGUCGGUUGUGUCUUCGUUGUCUGAAGUGAGCCAACAGAUCGCAAUCGCCGAAGAGAUCCCGACUGAACACGAGAACUCUCAUCCUUCUGUCUUCUCUUCAAGCGAUCAAGUCUCCACUGAAGAAGUCUCAGGACAUCAAAGAUGCGAGGUUCAGGUUGUAAAAGUGGCGAACAUUGGCGGUGGAGUCAACAUAACUUUUUCAACGCCAGGUUUAGCGACUCUUGCUCGCGUCGGAGAUGAAAAUGAAGGAGCUACAACGAUUCAAGUGUCGGACGCUCAGUUGACUCCAAUACAAGAAGUAGCCAUUGAUCAAAGCCCUGGAGAAGCUGCUAACUCCGAGACAUCGAAUCUUCAAGGUGAACAAGUGAUUCAUGAUCUUCAAGAUGGUGAAAUGCAAGGCAGUCCUUUGCACAUGGACUCGGAUCAAGAUCGAAGCGAAAGACAAAAAUCUUCAUCUUGGGAUGCUGUUAUGAAUGCAGAGGUUUUGACAGUUCGUUGUAGAAACGAAACAGCAGAGCUACACAAGAGUAAGCUUGGCUCAGGCGGCAGAGGAAAAUGCAUUAAGUAUCAGGAAGAAUGGAUGACUCCUUCUGAGUUUGAAGCGCGUUGUGGUAGGGCAUCAUCAAAAGACUGGAAGCGUAGCAUCCGUUAUGGUGGACGGACACUUCAGACCCUAAUAGAAGAAGCUGUACUGACUCCUCAUGCUACAUCAUGUACUUGUGCGUCAUGCUGCAAUGAUGACACCUUGGCUGGACCAGUCAGGCUCUUUGUUCCUUACAAACGCCGUAAGAGAGUAUCGUCUCAGUCUGGCCUUGGUUCUCCUGUUUUGAAGAAGAGCAUGUCACUGAGCUCAGAUCCUUCCAAACAAGAAAGGCAUAGCAUGAUGAUGAGAUCUGUGAGUGUUGAUUCUGGUGGCGGGACCUAUGUAACUGAAGCUGGAACAGUUAUUGACAGUGGAGAUCUUCAGAGUAGCUCAAGUGUUACAAGUGGAGCCACUGGUACUCCAGUCGCUCAUCUGCCCAUCAUAAAAGACAUUGGAUCAAGUCUGGUAACAGUAAGUGCUGGUUCCUCAAUGCAACCACAAACGCCCCUUACUCCAAUGGCACCAUUGACACCCAUGACGCCCAUCAUGGUCACAUCUGGUUUACACUUUGGAACUGUCAAUAGUAUGACAACACAGGCAGGACAAAUCAAUGUGAAUCUUUCAUCUGACCCUACCUUAGAGCACAAACGACACUGGUGGCAUAUUGAAGAGAUGGUGAAUUCAUUAUUGAGUACGGCAUCGCAGCUGAAGUGUAUGAUAGAGCAAGUGAGGGUACAGUCAGAAGCAGCAAGAGAGGCAGCAGUAGCUCAAGCAAGACUACAAGCUGAAACUGAGAAAAAAGAGGUUCUUGCCCAAACUCGCAUGAAUUCACUACUUCAACUCUCCAAGGCUAUCAAUGAUGCGCAAGCUGAAAGAGAAGCAGCCAUAGCACAAACGUUGUUACAUGCCAAAGCUGAUAAACUAGAGGCAGUAGCAGAAGCACGACAAGAACAGCUUAUCAAG